AUGGCUUCGAUAGACCAGUCAUAUACCAUGCUCCCCAGGCACUUGAGCCCCCAGCACCACGACGACUACAUUCUUUACCCUGAGCCACCACAGGGAGUCUUCAGCACAGCACCCAUGGAGAUGAGCAUCCCUGCCGACGCCUCUUACUUGUUCCCAACCUCCAUGGCAAUGGAUCACCAGCCCGCCCUCUACGACAACAACUUUAUGUACCAAGGACGCACAUCACCUGGCCUCUACGAGGACGCCGAGUUCCAACUGCCUUCUUCCAACCUUUCUACCGCAUCAGCACCAUCGGCGGCCUCCUCCAACGUAGGCUCGCCCCAAUCACACAACGACCAGCCGGCGCCAAUCCUCGACUGGGCGCACCCCGGCAUCGCUGUGACCCCGGGCAUCGUGCCCCACGACUACUACAACACCGCCGGUACAGAGUACUCGACCUACGCCGGCCCAGGUAUGGAAGACUUUGCAACUUUCGAAUUUGUAAACACCAAGCCCCCGGGUUUCGUGGGUGAGUUGCCAAACGCUUCUAGAACCACUCUUGCGCCCUCAUCUCGCGCGCUUUCUUCUUUUCCUUCUGCUUCACACGAGUCAAUUGGCUCUCAUUCUUCCAACACAGCUAUAGCUUCAGCUGUGCGCGUGCGCGACUCGGGCCCGGUGCUGGAUACUCACUCGUCCUCCUCAUCCCCUGUCACGCCCGCAUCGCGCAAGUCAAGCUUGUCCUUUGUCUCUCCUAGCUCUACUUCCUUCUCUUCUCCUCCGGCGCCCGUCUGGGGCCACUCGCCAAAGACUCCUCGAGUCUCUACUUUCUUUUCUCAGAGCAGCGGCCAUUUCGUCGCUCCUCUUGGUUCUUCUUGUUGGUUUUCCUCUGUCAAGCAGCAGCAUCAUCCUCCUUAUCGCACAUUGCCCGCUGACCACCUCUCCGCUCCAGACCCUUCUUUGAUCCACCCCGACAUCAGCCGCCCCAUGAUGGCCAACUUCCAGAACCCCAACCAGUAUCCCACCUCGCCUGCCCUCUCGCCCUCAUCACAGUCAAUGUCAAUGGUUCGUAACGGCAGUCAAUCGCCCUUCCUCCACAGCGGUUUCCAACAGCAGCAGCAAUUCAGCCCUUACGCUACUCCCGGUGACGCCCGCCGCCCCAGCCUUCACUCGUUCCCCUCAACCUACUCUGAUGGCAACAACUACAGCGGCGAUGAGGGCAAGGAGAAACAGAGAUGCCCCCAUCCCGAAUGCGGCAAGGUCUUCAAAGACCUCAAGGCGCACAUGCUCACUCACCAGACUGAGCGGCCGGAAAAGUGCCCGAUUGUGACUUGCGACUACCACGUCAAGGGAUUCGCUCGCAAGUACGACAAGAACCGCCAUACCCUGACGCAUUACAAGGGAACCAUGGUGUGCGGUUUCUGCCCCGGCUCCGGUUCAGCGGCUGAGAAGUCGUUCAACCGCGCCGAUGUCUUCAAGCGUCACUUGACAGCCGUCCACGGCGUCGAGCAGACACCACCCAACAGUCGCAAGAAGAGCAGCAGCGCCAACAGCGGCAAGAAGCUCGCGGGAUACCCUCCCGAUGCCACUGGCAAGUGUUCCACUUGCUCGCAGACCUUCUCCAACGCUCAGGACUUUUACGAGCACUUGGACGACUGUGUGCUGCGGAUUGUGCAGCAGGAGGACCCUUCUGAGGCCAUCAACGCUCAGCGCCUGGCCGAGGUUGAGAACGACAAGGAAGUGCACCAGACAUUGGAGAAGAACCAUCUGCCCACGCAGACGCAGAUGCCCUCGAACGAGGAGGAGGAGGACGAGGAGAUGAUGGAGGACGAUGACGAGGAAGACAGCAAGCAGCGCGUCAGCGCGUCGCCCAAGAGGAAGGGCAACCCGGUCAACGGUGUUCAAAAGUCGCGCGGCCUCACGCAUUCCCGUGGAGGCGGCCCUAUGCCUGUCAAGGCCAAGGGUCGCAAGAACAGACGCGACUACCCUUCUUCCUGGGGCUUCGACAAGGGCCAGAUGACGAUGAAGAAGCGGGUGAUGGCAGUGUUUGAUGGUCCUCGGCGAUUGGCCAAGGACGACAUGAUGCUGUCGACGGAUCACGAGGUGCGCAUCAAGCUCACGGACGGCAACAACUACGUGACAGACCUCGACGUGCAGACGCUGAAGCGUGCCGAGGGCUUCCUUGGUGCGACGGAUGAGGAGAAGGGACCCUGGAUCUCUGACGAUCCGACUGAGGAGCAGCUGCGGGAGAUGCAGGCGAUGCUUGAGAGCUGCCAGGCGGCUCAGUAA